AUGUUUGCAGACCUCAUCUUGGAGUCCCUGGCAACUUGCCUAGCUUUCUUCUUCAUGACUUCGCCCUUGACUCAAGCGAUUGAGGUUAUCAGAACACCGGCGAAAGUGAAGCACAUCAACCCGGUGAAUCUCUUGGGCUUCUUCCUGAACUGCAUGACCCAGCUAGGCUACGGGAUCUUUAUGCCAAUACCUCCACUAAUCCGAUGCAAUGCCUACGGCGCGGCCGUCGGGCUGUUCAGCAUCGCGACAUGCUGGUAUUUCGCCCUGGAGACUGCGAAUGCAAAGCGGUGGAACACGCAGGCCUGCGUUGGCACCAUUUCGGUCUGCGCAUUAUCUGGCUUGAUCUUCGCAUAUGCUGGGCUGGGAGGUGAAGGUGCCGCCGCGAGAGUUGGUAGUCUGGGCAUCCUAGUGUCUAUCAUCAUGUAUGCGGCUCCCCUCUCGGUCUUGCGAGAGGUUCUUCAAACAAAAUCUUCGAAAACCUUGCCCGGCCCGCAGAUCUUCAUGGGUUUCCUGAACAGCCUUUGCUGGUUCGCUGUGGGCCUUCGCCGUCAGAAGAUACCGGUAUGGGUUCCCAACGUCAUCGGGAUGCUCCUGUCGCUCCUUCAGCUGGCGCUGAUCUUAAAGUUCCCAGACAGACCAGAGAACGUCGAGGAGCAAAGAAAGGAGGAUGCUCCGCUCCUUCCGGUCGCACUCGUGAACGGCGCGAGAAACUUCCAGGAUGACAUAUCCAGCGGGAAGUGGCAAGGUAGUAGACCAGAGCGAUACAGUUUGGGGCAUCAAGGAGAAUGCCGCCGAGUAAGAGGAGAAGUAGUUUGUACAGCUUUGAGGCCUGUGCGCAGUGUGAAGAGAUGCAGAGGCGUCACUUAUCGACUGGGCUUGUUCUUAUUGUGUCGUUUGUGUCUUUUUUCUGUUUCUCUCCAAACCGUCAAGCAAGUCCAAGUCCGCUUCCUGUAG